UCUCUCGUUCAUACACUAAAAUCAGACGGCUGUGCAAUGAAAUUGUUUUUAUUUAUUAAAAUAUGUGUCGUUUGUAUAAUUUUGGCGACCUUAAAUACUCAAACAAAUGCUGCUAAAAUAUUAUCAAUUUUUGGUUAUCCGGGACCUUCACAAUACAUCAUGGCAGCGACUUUAUUAAAAGAUUUAGCUGAACGUGGUCAUGAGGUCACCUCAAUUUCAACGUUUCCACAAAAGACACCGGUUAAAAAUUUCCGAGAUAUUGCAGUAAUGGAAAAUUCAAAGUUGUUUGAAUCUCUAAUGUCCGAAGCCGUGGGAGAAGUGAAAGAGAAAACCUUCUUUGAUGAGCUAUUUGAGUUUUCUGAUUUUGGCGCUAAAAUGGUGGUGAAUGUGCUGGAGCAUCCAAAAGUUAAAGAUAUUAUGAAAAAUGAAAAAUUUGAUUUAAUAAUACUGGAAGCAUUAUACUGUGAUGCCUUGUAUGCUUUGGGACAACACUUUAAUGCUCCCAUGGUGGGUGUCUCCACCUUUGGCACCAUAAAUUUUGUUGAUGUUUUAGUGAAUAACAUAUCGCCCAUGUCUUAUAUACCCCACAUGUCUCUACCAUUUGACAAUCAUAUGAAUCUCCAGGAAAGACUAGUGAAUGUGGUCACCAGUGUUAUGGAUGAUUUUCUGCAUAAUUUUCUGAUGCUGCCGACUCAAAAGAAAAUUUUUGAAAAAUAUUUCCCCUCUUCCAAGCUGACAUUCGAGGAAGUAAGAAAAAAUUUCUCUUUGGUAUUAUUAAAUCAUCAUUUUACCUUGGGUUUCCCACGGCCAUAUGUCACAAAUAUGAUUGAGGUGGGCGGUUUGCAUAUAAAACAAAAACCUGAUCCAUUACCCCAGGACUUGCAGCAGUUUCUGGACAAUGCCAGCGAAGGAGCCAUAUAUUUCUCUAUGGGUUCGAAUUUGAAGAGCAAAGAUAUUCCGCCCGAAACUUUGAAGGUAUUUUUGGAUACCUUUAGGGAACUUAAACAAAAGGUGCUUUGGAAAUUUGAAGAUGAAUCUAUGCCCAACAAACCACACAAUGUUUUCAUAAAAUCAUGGUAUCCUCAACCCUCGGUAUUGGCUCAUCCCAAUGUGAAGCUGUUCAUAUCUCAUGGUGGUUUCUUAAGCACAACAGAAACCAUAUUCCAUGGUAAACCUAUUUUGGGCAUACCCAUAUUUGGUGAUCAACCCAUGAAUGUUAAGAAUGCUGUUAGAGGAGGUUACGCAUUGUCUUUGCAAUUAAAUGACAUAACUAAGGAGUCCUUUAAGUCUACCAUAGUGGAGCUUCUAACAAAUGAACGUUACACUAAAAGAGUCCAACAGUUAUCGUGUCAAUUUAGAGAUCAGCCUCAGACACCUUUGGAGACAGCUAUUUACUGGAUUGAGUACGUUUUGAGGCAUGAGGGUGCACCUCAUAUGCGUAAUGCUGGAACGGACUUAAACUAUUUGCAGCAAUAUAAUAUUGAUGUAUUUGCUAUAUUAGCUGGAGGUUUUGUUGUCAUUAUUUUUGCAUUGGUGGCUGUUGUACGUUUAAUGGCUAAAUUGUUGUGUGGAGGUAAGGAAACAAAGAAGAGUUCGACCAAAAAUAAAGUAAAGCGUAGUUAAGUAAAUAUAUAUAUAUAUAUAUAUCAACAAUAUAAUAUAUAUAAAUUAUCUAUAUAUAUCAACAAUGGCCAAGUUGUAUAAAUUAAUUAAUUUGUUUGCAUUUAGUAUUUUAAGCCAUUUAAUAAAUAUUUAUAUACAAAAUAAAACCAGAA